CUGGGGUAGCUCAGUUGGUUAGAGCGUGUGGCUGUUAACCACAAGGUCGGAGGUUCGACCCCUCCCUCUAGCGUUAGCGUCUUUUCUUUUUUCCCCCGGCUCCAUUUUUUUCCUUCUCCUAACUGCUGCAAUACGUGCUAACUGUCCCCUUGAAAGUUGCAACCAGCGACAACUGCAUCGCCAUGGUUUUCUGAUCAGCAUCCCAAAACAUGCCUAUUCCAGUCAGGAAAAGAAAACCAAUGGGUUCCUUAUCUUCUCCAAGGAAAUGGGCUGCCACCAUCUCCAUCAUUGCUCGCUGCCUUCAUUUCAUCAUCAUAAUCCUCCAAGUCCCUCUCUUCAGGGUGCCAUGUGCAACAGGCAAAUGUUCAUCCCCUGUAGAGCUAACAUGCUCUCAGUUGAUAGCAACCGAAAUCGUCCCACCAUUUCUAGUGAAGCUUCUUCUCUACCCUGGAGCCAUAGCAAAAGCCCUGAUCCGCCAUAACAAACGCAUACCCAGAUUCAGUAACCUCCUGAAACUCUACAAUUUCACCACUUUGAACAAGGCCUCCACCGCCGCGGUUGGCCUCCGCCAUCUCGAGAUAGUUGCAGGAAGCUAUCUGUCCGUGGCAGGGGCGAUACUAGGAGUGCUGAGGCCGAGGAGAAUGAGCCUGUUCGGAGCGCUUAUGAUUGUUUGGGGAUUUGCUAGGGAAGUCUUUCUGAUGAAAUCUGAUGGUGAAAAUGAUUAUAAACCAGGAAAGGCUGUUCAGAUCUACCCACAGAUGUUCCUUGUUGUGGUUUGUGCUUUCCUGUCCAUAAGAAAGGAUGUCAGGUGGCUGCUACGGAGCUUCAAAGCUCGCAGAGUUGGAACCAAAUACUUGUGAUACUCGAGGUCGAGGAAAGCUCUGACUUUUAGGAUCUGCUGGGUCUUUUGAGUUACUGUUAAAGGUUCAAAUUCUGUACCUUGCAUUGAGGCAAAGAUUCAUACCCUCUUCAACUUACUGUGAUAUUUGAUAUCAAUCGCUUCCUCAGAGUUAGAUUGGAAUUUCUGUGUCAACUAAGACCCUAGCUAAGCCAUUAACGAAACCAUGUCCUAGCUUCGAAUACCAAGUUGAAAGCAACGUAAAUUACUAACGAAUUUCAAUUAAGUGGCACCAUAAUAUCAUCGCCGACAGGACUCUGCUAGGAAUGGCAAUGGGUCGGGUUGGGUCGGGUUUUACCAAAUUCAUGGGUUUAUCAGUGAAAAAAAACUCGGGGUAAAAUCCAUUGGGUUUGAAAAACUCAAACCCAACCCAACUCGCUGGGUAUCUGCGGAUUCAUAGUUAUCCACGGGUUUUUGUCGUAAAAAAUUUAUAAUAACAAGUUCCUAUCAAAAUUAAAGUCAAUUAUGAAUCUCUCAAUACAAAUUAUCCAAAUAUAAAACACCAUUCUAGAAAAUUCAAGCAAAUCACAAAAUUAAUUAUACAAAUUGUUCAACACCAAUCUAGAAAACUCAAGAAAAUUGAAGCAAAUCACAAAUUAUUCAUAAAUAACAUGAUUAAUUGAAAGCUUCUUCCUCCUUGUCAAUUAAGUUUCUUCACUCUCCACUCAAUAACAUCAACUUCAUUUCACACAAUUAGAAAGAAAAAAAAUUAGACAUGUCUCCACAAACAUAAAUAAGAUUAGUUGUUUGGAAUAUUAAAUAUACCGAGAAAAUUAAUUAUAUGAGUGUGGGCGGGUACUCAUUGAACGGGUUGUUUACAUAAACCCAAACUCAACCCAACCCAGUGGCCGAUGAAUGAUGAACGAAUUUAAACACAAAUUUAGUUAAAUAGAUUUUACUCGCGUUAAUCGGAUUAGAUCGGAUGAAUACACGUGAGUUCGAGUUAUGUUGCCAUUCCUAGACUCCACCGCCACAGACUGGCACGGAGGCGCCACUCUAUGUCUCUUGAUGUUUGUUCCGGAAUCCGGAGACUUAUCCCGUGGAGGUGACAAUUACUGUUUUUAAGUUACGGUUAUAUGGGCUUGGACAUCUGGUCCACUGGGCCUCUCUAUUCGAAACGUUUGGGCCUAGGGUUCCCAAAAUAUCCGCUACGCGUCUUCUGUUUUCCCUGCCGUGUCAGGAUACAAACUCCCACUCCAAGGCGGAAAGGGAGAAACCCAACCGACUUAAAAUCCAAACAACACACGCCUAUAAAUAUUGACGACGCUC